UUAAAUUUGAUAUAUUCUUGUUAUUCACCUUCUGGUUUGUAGGUCCUGAAAUAGAAAGUUCGGAAGUUUAUAUUCAUCGAAACCAAAUAGAACUCUGUUUCCGAAAAAGAAGGGAAACAUACAGAAAAAAAAAAAAAAACCAGAAAACUCUCUCUCUGUCAGAUUCAACGAAUGUAGACAUCCUUUAACCUUCGAUCUCCCGUGCUAUUCCUCAUGUUUUCUCCAUUGGGACAUUAACAGAAAGUUGAAUCGGCCAAAGGAAAAAAAAAUAAUUGAAGCAUAUAAAAAGAGCUGGUUGGAUACGAUGAUGUGCUGCCGCAUUACCAGCAUGUAAACGCAAGCUUUGUUAUAAAUUAGUCUCUAGACAGAAUGAGUCACCGUGUCACUGAUGAGCUUGGCUCCGAGGAGAUGGAUAUUGUGAGUGUUUCGUCAUCACGUCGCAAUUCAGAGAAUUUGCCUUACGUUCAUAAGGUGGGAGUACCUCCUAAGCAAAACCUGCUGAAAGAAAUUGCAGCCACUGUGAAGGAAACUUUCUUUGCAGAUGAUCCUUUACGCCAUUUUAAGGAUCAACCAAGGUCAAGAAAGUUUGUCCUAGGCUUCCAAGCGGUUUUCCCUAUAUUCGAAUGGGGAAGGAACUACAGCCUUUCUAAAUUCAAAGGUGAUUUGAUUGCUGGACUUACUAUCGCAAGUCUUUGCAUUCCACAGGAUAUUGGAUAUGCAAAGCUUGCAAAUCUGGAGCCCCAAUAUGGAUUAUAUAGUAGCUUUGUUCCACCUCUUGUUUAUGCAUUUAUGGGAAGCUCGCGGGAUAUUGCCAUUGGACCUGUGGCUGUGGUUUCUCUCUUGCUUGGUAGUCUCCUGCGGGAUGAGAUUGACUCAUCUGAAAAUCCUGUUGACUACCGACGCCUUGCAUUCACUGCUACUUUCUUUGCAGGCAUCACUCAGUUCACACUUGGAUUUUUAAGGUUGGGGUUCUUGAUAGACUUCCUAUCUCAUGCUGCCAUAGUUGGCUUUAUGGCCGGUGCUGCUAUCACCAUUGCCCUUCAACAACUUAAAGGUCUACUUGGUAUCAAAAAAUUCACAAAGAAUACUAAUAUUGUCUCUGUUAUGCGCUCAGUAUGGAACUCAGUGCAUCAUGGUUGGAAUUGGCAAACUAUACUAAUAGGAGUGGCCUUCCUGGCCUUCCUCUUGGUUGCAAAAUACAUUGGAAAAAAAAAGAAGAAACUAUUUUGGGUGCCAGCAAUUGCUCCCUUGAUCUCUGUCAUCCUCUCCACCUUUUUUGUGUACAUCACACGUGCUGACAAGCAUGGUGUUCAAAUCGUGAAACAUAUCAGACAAGGCGUCAAUCCACCAUCUGUGAAUGAAAUAUUUUUCUCUGGAGAAUAUCUUGGCAAAGGUUUCAGGAUAGGGGUUGUAGCGGGUAUGAUAGCAUUGACGGAAGCUGUAGCAAUUGGAAGGACAUUUGCUUCCAUGAAGGACUACCAGCUGGAUGGAAAUAAAGAAAUGGUAGCAUUAGGAACAAUGAAUAUUGUUGGUUCGAUGACAUCUUGUUAUGUGGCCACAGGAUCCUUCUCUCGCUCAGCAGUAAAUUACAUGGCUGGAUGCCAUACAGCCGUGUCUAAUAUAGUGAUGUCCUGUGUUGUGCUACUAACAUUGGAACUCAUCACUCCUCUGUUCAAGUACACUCCAAAUGCAAUACUUGCUUCUAUUAUUAUAUCUGCGGUGAUUGGAUUAAUUGACAUUGAAGCAGUAGCUCUAAUAUGGAAGAUUGAUAAAUUUGAUUUUGUUGCUUGUAUGGGAGCCUUCUUUGGUGUAGUUUUCUCUUCUGUUGAGAUGGGACUUUUAAUUGCGGUUUCAAUAUCCUUUGCAAAAAUCCUCUUACAAGUUACAAGACCUCGCACAGCAAUUCUUGGGAAGCUUCCGAGGACUACUGUUUACAGGAACAUUCUCCAAUAUCCAGAUGCAACAAAAGUUCCUGGCAUCCUCAUUGUCAGAGUUGAUUCCGCAAUAUACUUUUCCAAUUCCAACUAUGUUAAAGAGAGGAUUUUGAGAUGGCUGGCUGAUGAAGAAGAACAACUGAAAGAAAAUUUCCAACCUAGAAUUAUGUAUUUGAUUGUUGAAAUGUCACCUGUUACUGACAUUGACACCAGUGGCAUCCAUGCCUUGGAAGAGUUGUUCAGAAGUCUUGAGAAGAGGGAUGUUAAGCUUGUUUUAGCCAAUCCAGGGCCUGUUGUGGUUGACAAGCUCCAUGCUUCAAAGUUUCCAGAGUUGAUAGGGGAGGAUAGGAUCUUCCUCACUGUAGCAGAUGCAGUACUAACAUGUGCUCCAAAGAUGGAAGAACCAUAACAUGUCUUCUUGUUGUCAAACUAAUUCAACAUUGGAAGAUUCAACACGGUUCAAUAGCAAAGCUUACAAGAAACUUGCUAAGGCGAAUUUUGAAGGAGCUCAUACGAAAAAAGGAAUAAAACCUUGACGGUGAACAGUGGAUAAAAUGGGGGGAUUAAAUUAAAUAAAUUAGCAAAAGCUGUGUAAAUUCAAUUUAAUUUACGAAAGGCUUUCUUCAUCAUUGUUCUGAUCUCCAACACUGGGGCAUUAGUAUCUUCUUUUUCCAUGUUAUUCUCAUUCUUAGUUUCACAUAAUCAAGGUUGACUACUUGUUGAUGCUUUCUAUCACACAAGUAUCAAUAGAGUUGCUUUGUAAAAGAAAUUUGAGGGUAUUUCUCCUAAGGGUUUUUAUAGGUCAGUAUUUCUUGUAACCAUGUGAUUUUUCUUUGUAAUUUUAUUAUGUAUAUCUCACAAAAUUAACUAGAAAGCUUCAAAGCAAAGUUUAAAUC